AUGAGUUCAAAAGAGCUAACAACGAUCAUCAAAGAAUAUUCCAGUAGUGGAACAUCUGAAAGUUCCUGCGGUGACCAAUUAGUUGUUAGAGAAUUCAGUAAUGCUUAUGAUGAAGAGACGGAUAUGGGUGUUGUGUGGAAUGGGGACAUCUUGCCUCAUUCAUGGUAUCAAGAACAGAUUUUCAACCGAAGGAAAGCAAAGAGGUAUGAGUAUAAGAUAAAGAAGGCUGAAGCCAAAGACAUAUAUCACAUGACACCCAGAAAGCUCUCCAAAGCCCUGACUUUUAUAGAUCUAUCAAUACUGCAGAGAAUUACUCCAAACGAGCUGGUUGAUUAUGAUGGCCCGGGAAACACAAAGUGUAGAAAUAUAAGGCAUAUGAGGUCAAAGAAUGUAGGUCUUACAAACUUUGUCUCCAAUGAGCUAUUAAGAGAGCAGAAUUACAAAUACUUUUUUAAGCUGUUGAAGCACUUGGAAAGAAUAGGAAACUACAAUUCGUUCUAUUGCAUUAUAAAAGCAUUUCAGAUGCAAAAACUUGACUUAAAGAGACUGAACACUCUAUCUAGGCAUAUGGAGAAAAGUACAAGCUACUUUGAUAUGAGGCAGUUUUUGGAUGAUUUGACGACGGCCAAUACAUUUCUUAUAUGUCCCAUGGAUGUGUACAUCAAGGAUGUGGAAGAAUCCAAUAGAACUCGAAACAACGAAGUGGCGUCCAUGAGGUUCUGCAGACUUGUAGAAAUAUUAAUAAAGCUGCAGAGCCAGACUCUAGACGCAAGUAUCUCUCAUGCUGACGAGCACUUUUUAUUCAGUAAGUUUUGGCAUUAUUUCCAAAGAGGUUCUUCUUCUAGUAGGAAGCCUGGUACAAAAAAAUAUGAUGGGCAAUUUUUGCUUAUAUAA